AUGAGUAUUGCUCUCUUUUCCCUCUCUUAUUGCUUGCCUCUCUUGGGGAAGCUUUUUCAUUACUCUCAUUGCUCUCUUUCCUUUCUUCUUUUCUAUCUCGUCAACCUCUCCAUAUAUUCUCUUUCACUUCUCCUUAUUCACUCUUUUACCUAUAAUCUCUCUCUCUCUCUCUUUCUUUCUUUCUUUCUUUCUUUCUUUCUUUCUUUCUACUUCAUCGUGUUAUCUAUCUAUCUAUCUAUCUAUCUAUCUAUCUAUCUAUCUAUCUAUCUAUCUAUGUAUCUACCUACCUACCGAGACUUUCUUUUUUCUCUUUUGAAAUCCUUGUCUUUCUUUCUUUCUUUCUUUCUUUCUUUCUUUCUUUCUUUCUUUCUUUCUUUCUUUCUUUCUGCGAAAGUUUUCUUUUUCUCCUCCUGUAGUGGCAAUAUUCUUUCUUUUUUCUUUCUUUCUUUCUUUCUUUCUUUCUUUCUUUCUUUCUUUCUUUCUUUCUUCGAAAAUUUUCUUUUUCUCCUCCUGUAUAGUACCAUUUAUUUUUCUUUCACUGUUUCUUAUUUUUUACUUAUCAUGUUAAGACUCUUUAACUAUCUCUCUACUCCUCCUUGUACAUUUAACUCUUUUAUUUCUUUUAUUGAUUGCAACGUCUCUUUCUAUUUAUCCUUCUUUCUUUUUCUUUCCUUUUUUUAUAUCCAUUUUGCUGAAUGCUUUCUCUUUACUCUUUCCUUUUUAUUUUAUUUUUUAUUUUCAUUGAUAGGUGUUUGGGUUAUUAAUUUUUCUUUCACAAUUUCUUAUUUACUUUUUUUUUUUCUUUUUUUUCUCUCUAUUCUCCCCUCGUUUCUGCCUCCUUUUUUUUUCUUUUCCUUUGUUCUUUCUUCUUCUUCAUAUAUAAAUUGGGCCGGGAUGUUUGGUUUUACCUUUUUGCUUCCUUUCUUUCUUUCUUUCUUUCUUUCUUUCUUUCUUUCUUUCUUAUUGUUUUCUUUUUCUCCUCUAUUUUUCUCAUACAAUGAUAUUUAUUUUAUUUCACUGCCUCGUUUUUCUUUCUUUCUUUCUUUCUUUCUUUCUUUCUUUCUUUCUUUCUUUCUAAAUGCUUUCAUUAUUCUCUUUUAUUUUCUUUUGAAAUUAUUCCUUCCUUCCUUCCUUCAUUCAUUCCGUUCUUCUUUCUUUCUUUUUCCAAAUGCUUUUAUUUUUUUCUUCAAUCUCUCUUUUAAAAUGAUUCCUUCUUUCCUUCCUUCCUUUCAAUGCUGUCAUUAUUCUCUUCUGUCUUUUUUUUUAAAUCAUUCCUUCUUUCUUCUGUCCUUUCUUCUUUCUUUCUUUGUACUUCCUAACAAAUCGGAAAACACACAUACAUUGCGCACUUCACUGUCGUUUUUUUUUUGUUCUUUCUGUCCUUCCAUCAUUCUCUCGCCUCCCCACCCCUUUUCACUUUCACUUUCACUUUCAAUUUUAACAAUUUUGCUUUUCUCCUUUCCCUGCUAUUUUCCUUAUCGUCAUCUGAUUACCUGUCUACGUGAUUUCUUUUUCAUCCCCUCUCUACCUCUUCUCUACCCUUUGCCUCUUCCUCUCUUUUGUUUCUUUGCCCCUCCCCCAAUUUCGUCUCUCCUCAUUUCAACUCGCCUAAUAAAGAUAAAGGCUCUCCAAGUGCAGCUGUAUCGUUUGAUGCACUUAUUACAAGCAACAUUACACCUUUGCCCGAACUCUGACCGCUCUCUCCUCUACGACCCCCGCUCAUAUACCAAUUGUCUUUUCUCCCCCUUUCAGUUACCAUUUCUUUUUUUAUCUAUCAGUUUCCUCUUCCGUAAUUUAUUCCUAUUUUCUUCUUUCUUGUUUGUUUCCAAGAAUUUCAUUCGAACUGCAAAUGAUUUCACAUGCAUGAAGACAAGUUUUUACAAGACUUAUCUAUCUAUCUAUCUAUCUAUCUAUCUAUCUAUCUAUCUAUCUAUCUAUCUAUCUAUCUCAGUCUGUUCGUUAUCUCUCUCUCUUUUUCUAUCUAUCUAUCUAUCUAUCUAUCUAUCUAUCUAUCUAUCUAUCUAUCUAUCUAUCUCAGUUUGUUCGUUAUCUCUCUCUCUUUUUCUAUCUAUCUAUCUAUCUAUCUAUCUAUCUAUCUAUCUAUCUCAGUUUGUUCGUUAUCUCUCUCUCUUUUUCUAUCUAUCUAUCUAUCUAUCUAUCUAUCUCAGUCUGUUCAUUAUCUCUCUCUCUCUCUCUAUCUAUCUAUCUAUCUAUCUAUCUAUCUAUCUGGAAAUAUUUGAGGAGGACAAGUUCGCAUCAGUAGGCUUAUUCCUAUCUAUCUAUCUAUCUAUCUAUCUAUCUAUCUAUCUAUCUAUCUAUCUAUCUAUCUAUGUGUGUAUAUGA